GGAUCUUUCUAUAUUUCUUUCCUGAAAUGUUGGUCCAGCAUUUGAUUGACAGGUGAGUAAAACCACCAUGUAAACCCACUUCUCCAGAUGAUACAGCACCUCACCUUUCAUGUAAAGGUUUACCUAAGCCAAGUCGUGUUUCAAAAGCAAUCAGCAGUUUAAAACCGGCAUUUCUGGGGUUUAGAUGGAAUUCUCUAGUGAGAUUUUCGUGAAAGAGCUCCCCUUCAGCCUUGUCUUCUGUCUUGUGUCUUGGACAGCAUGCUUCCAUUGGUGUGUAAGCCGAGCAGCAGACGCCUUGGCUGUAGUUACCUGUAUAACAAUUGCGGCUACUGUCCUUCCUCCAGUCCCACCAGACAGGCUGCAGAGUCCCAACAAUGUGUCCUGCUCUAUUUCCUUUGACUCUAAAGGGAGGCUUCGCCUGCCCUAUAAACCAACCCUUACUUCUUUCUCCCUGAGCCCAUGGAUAAAUCAACAAACAAAUGAAUAAAUCAACAAGAAGCUAAGCCUGAGAACAACUCAUCAUAAUCACUGGCAUGUGUAGGAGGCACCGCGGUUUAUAACAUGUCUCCACGUGUAUAAUUUAUUUUUAUCUUCAAAACGAAGUCCGGAGGCAUCAUUAUCAUCUGCAUUUUACAGAAGAAGAAAAUUAAGGCUCAGGGAGGUUCAGGGAGGUGCUCAUGGUCGUCGUGGUUGGCUGUUCUUUCUGAGAAAGGAGGUUUGUGGUUGGGAUUCAUAGAUCACAACAAGGCACAAACAGCAGUGUAGACUCGUGCGUGGGGAUGAAGGACAGUGGACGAUGGGAGCCUUAGACGCUGGACUCCAUACAGCCCCGAAGGGUACCAACCUAGGCUAGCUCAGGACACAAAGGAAGCUCUCCCAGUAUGCUCCUUUGAGCACGAGUUGUGACCUGCCUUCAUCAUUGCUUACGAACUUCUAAUUAAGACAAUGCUUCUUUGUUUGAUUUGGUUGUUUCUGGAACAGGGGCUAAGGUAGCCCAAUCUGGUCUCAGGCUUUCUUUGCAGCCAAAGUGGUUGUUGAAUUUCUGACCCCCCUCCAUUGACCUCUUAGAUGUUUGUGUUAUAGGCAUGUGCCACCAUGUGGGGUGCAAGCCCAACUCAAUUUCUAAACCCUCCUAUACAUCCUUUCUUACUCUCUUCCAAAUUCAUGGUCUACUGUUGUUGUUGUCACAUGCAUAUAUGUAUACACACACACACACACACACACACACACACACACACACACAUAUAUAUAUAUAUAAAAUCCUAAAUAUAACCUGCUCAGUCUGAAUAAUGUUACUUGUAUGUAUGUUUUCCGGGUUGAUCAUUUGGUAUCAGAUAACCAGUUGGUGUUUUCUUCCCUGGAGAAGAUUAUUUCUCCUACACUCAGCAUUCCUGUGUUGCCUGUGGCUCUUUGCGCAGGGCUGAGAGGCCCCGUGGUCUUUCCCUCAUCCACUUUAGCGUGUCUAUUGUUGUUGUCCUUAUUCAGUCAUGUUGGUGAGACUUUUUGGACAUAGCUUCUGAUGUUACGAGGAGACAAUCUCACAGUAAACUCCAGGACCUUCUGGCUCUUACAAUUUUUCCACCCCGUCUUCCACAAUGUUCCCUGAGCCUUAGGUGUGGGAGUGUUUUGUAGAUGUAUCUAUUGAGGCCAGGCACUGGCUGUGGUUUUCUGUAAUGGUCUUCAUAUAUUGCAAAGAGAAGUUUCCUUGAUGAGGAGUGAGACAAAUAUUUAUAGAGUAAUUAGAGAUUAUGUUGGUUUGGUAAAGUGGUGGUUGUGGAUUCUCCUUCAAGAUCCGUGACUUCACUAGCCUAGAGUAGCUGUACUUCUUAAUCUCAUGCCAUCAAAGUACUAACGAGGCUUGAAUGUACUUAGUUCUGAGAUCAGAUGAUAUUGGACGUGUUCAGGAUGGUUGGGCCAUAGACUGUAAGCUUUUCCAUUGCAGCUCUCCAAUGGUAGAGGCUUGUAAGGGCCAUUCUGGGGGCACUAGGAGCAAAGCCUCGAGGCAAAACUGAAAGAGAUGCUUUUAAAUAUGAUGCUAUUUUUUGCCUUAAACAUUCACACAGAUUUCACAUUCUUCUCCAUAAUAAGGGUGUAGAUUUUUCAGAUGUUUUCAUAUUAUUAUAAAAAUGAUGACCUUUGCAGGGAUGCAUGCCAUCUUCAUUCAUUCAGUCUCAGGAUCACCAGAUGAAUUGACUCAUUCCCCACUCAGAAAAACAAGGCUCAAGGAACUACAUAUCCUGACUUAAAGACAUCUCAAUUGUACCUUAAAAUGAUGUCACUUCAAGUCUCUAUCAGCCAUUAGUGAUAUGGUACCAUCCAACAAACCUUAGAAAAGCAGGACCAGAGGCUAGGAAGCUGGAAGAGCACCAAAAGAAAGGGUAGACAUUCUAUAGAAAUUCCAGAUGCAGCUGACUUUUUCUUGAGCACCUCUGCAAUGGAUCCUUGGUGCCCCAAUGACUCCCCCAAGCUGUACCCCCUCCACCACCUGGCUCCAAAUCACGAGCAGUAGCAACCAGGGCUGACAGCUCUGAUGAAAAAUGUCUUGUCUUGCAAUGCAAUGUAUUUGUUGGUGCUUCCAUGGCUGUGGAGAAUUCCCAGGUAACUCUUGACGCGCGCACCGUUAAACGCUUUCAAAGGCGGGGCUUCUAUCUGCCGCGACCUAGACAGCCAGACAGGGAGAUCUGGAUUUAAGGCUGAGACCACCAAACAACUCAUCAAAUAGCACCUCUCCCUGUACCUUCCUAGUGCUGUGACCCUUUGGUACAGUCCCUCAUGUUGGGGUGAUCCCCAACCAUAAAAUUAUUUUCAUUGCUUCUUCAUACUGUAAUUUUGAUACGGUUAUGAAUCAUAAUGUAAAUACCUGUGUUUUCCGAUGGUCUUAGGCGACCCCUCUGAAAGGGCCGUUUGACCCACCCCCUAAAGGGAUCGUGGCCCACAUGUUGAGAACCACUGCUCUAUAACAUCCUUCUCCAUAGGAAAAGAGGGGAAAAAAUGGGGUCUUCAAUUUAAAUCCUGGGCCUCCAUGUUGUCAAAGACUUCUACUACUGGUCAAUUGGAUGAUAGAGGAGAAAAUUCACUUUGAAAGCCACCCCCAAACACACUGUGACUUAGCUGUCACUAAGGUUUGGGUGAGAAUUAAAAUGUAGCCCACGUUUCCAAUUAACAAUGUCAAAAACUGAAUCAUAGAUCUAAUCUGUAUCCCUUGCUAGAUGGCCCUUGUUUGGAAUCCCUCUUUGGUAUGCAGAAUGCGUUUGACCUGCAGAGUUUUGCCCAUUGGGCAUCUGCUCUUGUCCAGUCUUUUAUCUCCAGACGCAGAAGAAAAACGAUGCCUGGACCAGUUGCUUGGCUAGUGUGUGACAGAGCUGAGAUGCCUGGACCAUACUCCUCUUGCCAUACCCCUGCCUCUGAUGAGACUGGCCAGAGGGUCAGUUUUGUGGAAACUGCAUGUGUCUUCCUUAGUCUAUUUCUGAGGCCAGUUAGAUGCUGGGGCUACUGGAUACCCACUGCUAAGGCCAGCACUCAAAUAUAUCAAGACUCAUUGGAUCCUACUAGAGAUUGCUGUACCAGAGUCAGGCACAGGCAGUUCUGUCUGGAAAGCGAGCGUGUGUAUUUUCCAUUUCUAUUUGGGAAAGCCUGAGGGACUGGUAGAGACUGUGUCAGGUGCCAAGGUCUCCUCAAGACCCUUCUGGAAAUAGUCACUCUUGCUGUCCUUGAAAAGUGACAGAGAAUCAUUUGGUGGGUUUCUUUUUAAACGGCAAGAUAUUGUUAAGAUCCUCAGGCCUAAGCUGGGCAGUGGUGGCGUAUGCCUUUAAUCCCAGCACUCGGGAGGCAGAGACAGGUGGAUCUCUGUGAGUUUGAGGCCAGCCUGGUCUACAGAGUGAGUUCCAGGAUAGGCUCCAAAGCUAGAGAGAAACCCUGUUUCAGAAAAGAAAAAAAUCCUCAGGCCUUUAGUCCCAGCACUGGGUGGGGGAUGGGGCAGAGGCAAGUGGAUCUCUGUGAGUUCAAGGCCAGCUUGGUCUACACAGUGAGUUCCAGGAAAGUCAGAGCUGUUACACAAAGAAACCCUGCCUAGAAAAACAACAACAGACUCCUUAUGUGUUCAAAUUUAGCCAUCCACCAGCUCAGUAGGUUAUAGGCGUAGGUUAUAGGCGUUAAAGUCUUGAUGAGUACAGCCACCCCUGCCGUGUCUUUGAGAACAUUCUCCCAAGCUUACUUCUUGGCAGUUCAAUACCUAUUAACCGAAUCAUUGCAGAGAAAAUGAAGUACUGUGGAUUCGGUCCAUUCACGUUAAUCUAUGCUGUAUCACUCACAGCACCACCCACAGAGAUAGUGGUGUGACUCUCUGGGGCUGGUGUCAUUUACUCAGACCACAGGUGAGGCUUUGGGUGCAGGCUACUUUGGACCUGUUGUAACAGUCACUCUGCAGGGUGGUUAGUUUAGAGAGUGAUCCCUGUGCUCUUGUAGGAAAACAUUGGUUAUAGAGUCUCACGGACCUGGGUUCCAAUCCUGACUCUGCCCCGCAGUUACUGGGCCAUCUUCGAUAAGUCACUUAGCUUUUCUGAGUCUCAGUUUCCUUAUUUCUAAAAUAACAAUACCCACCCCUAUUGGAGGAUGGAAUACUGUAAGUACAAAGGAGUCUGACAUUUGAGGACUGUCAAAUACAUUUUCUUCCACCGCCCACCCUGCCCAGUUUGAGCAAAGCAGAGUGAUUCACAUUUGUAAACAAUAGUUGAAGUUGCAGAGUUGUGAGUCUCGUGCCUAGAAACAUCAAGCCUCACCUCUGAAAGCGGGGAGAGGACCUGGGUGUGCUUCAUGUUCAGCACUGUUCUAUGAACGCUGGUAAUUCUGGGAGUUUCUAGGGACAGCAAGAGCCUCCACCUAGUUUCACCUUUAAAUUCUUUCUCCAUCCUUUCUUAUUCCUUUCUGAGCUUUCUCAUGUUUGUCCUGGAAGCCUUACGUCAGUAGCCCAAAUCGUCCCUGGCCAGCUCUUGGGCAGGCCACAAACACAAUGCCUCGGUGUGACCUGAAAGGUGGCAUUGUUGCCAGUAAUAACCUCCGAGUUUCUAAAGGCUGCCUCAGGGCAGCCAGUCUUGUGCAAAAACCCCUUAUUAAUGAGCAGCCCUGGCUGCAGUGUUGACAGUGGAGAUAGAGGAGGCCCUCUGUGAGUCAUUUCCCCGAGACUCAAGACAGGGAUCACCCAUCAGCUCAGAGCAUGCCAGCCUUGCCUUCCUGAGUACUCCUGCUUUGCAGCAAAGCACACAGGACGAAGUGGGUGUCCUGGGACAGAGACCAGCUUCUUCCUAGGAACCUGGAGAGUGGUUUAGCUCAGUGCCUUUGUCUUCGGUCUCCUGGAAGGAUUGUGUGUGUUCUCUGAAACAUCUCUGGUGUACAGAGGUAUCCAAGCUGGACUUUUUCCUCCACUCUGGGAAAUGUGCUUUGCCUAGUAGAAGAAUGUUCUUUCCAUUUCCUGUGUGUGCAUUCUUCUCUUGGAAGUGUGAAAAAAAAUGAUACUGUCUCCUUGAAGAUAGAUUUACUGCCAGUAAAACCCUUUUCUCCCAUUUCCUUAGAAAGUUUUGGAAAUGACAGCUAAAGAGGUAGUUCAAUCCAUAAAGGGCUGAGCACACAAACAAGAAUACCUGAGAUCAGAUUCUCAGCACUCAGGCAAGAUGCUGGGCACAGUGCUGUGCGUUUGUACUCCUAACGUUUGGGAGGCAGAGACAAGGGUAUCCCCGGCCAGCUAUUCUUGCCUAAUCAGUGAACUUCAUCUCUCAAUGAGAGAUCCUGUCUCAAAAAAUAAUGUGGAGAUUGAAAGAGGAAGAUACUUGAUAUUGACCGGUGACCUCUACACACACAUACAUUGUGCACACAGAGAAAAUAAUGGGGACAAGUGAGCACCCAGAAUGCUACACCCUGCCUUUAUGUGGCUCUUCUGUAGCAGAUAGCUAUCUUGUUAGAGGCAACUUUGGAGCCAGAAGCCAAGUUAAUCUAUCACACACAGCCAAGUGACACGAUGGUAUAAGGUUGUGUGACAUCUUUUUGUACCAGACUGUGGAAAUCAACAUUUCAGCUGAAUUACCCAUUCAGAAAUGAGCUAACAUUUCCUGUUUAUUUCUCCAUUCUAGACCAAUUAUCGGCAUCUUAUUCUCAAAUUUAGAAGAUGCAUGCCUAAUAUCAUUUUAGGUAUCCAGAAAUGGUCCACCAAAUAGAUGCCUCCAGUGCAACCUGGGGGUUCAUUAGAUUCAUUAAUUCAUAGUGGUCAAUAAACACUUUGAAGUCCUUUUAUGGAAGGAGCCACCUAAAUCCAAAGUGCUACUAUAAUCAGGUCUAAUGAGGCCAAUGGUUUAAAGAGAGGCCUUUAAAUCACAUAUAAAGCUCCUCUGCCAAUCAUCGGUACAGGACAAAAGUGGACAAGGCAGGUGAGUCUAGGUGCUCCUGUUUAAAAGCUUCCUGCUUGGUGGUGGAGCCACACUGAGGUCUGCUCAGUUGAAUGAAGCCAGAGGCACAGUGAGCCCCUGCCUGAUGGAUUCUCCAACUGUUAUAACUGUGUUCUAGGACACAUUAUUGUAAAGGCCACCACUCUGUGAAGUCUUAACCUGCAGGUUGCUGCCACUAAAGGCAUCUUCAAAGACAGAAGAGUUUUCCCUGGGAGGUUGCAAAGGAGGUAAGUGCUAGCUUUCUUGUAUCUUGUGAAGCACAGAAGAUUCUUUAUAAACAAAACCAAGGGAAGAACCUGUUUGGGAAGAGACAGAAUACAGCAAACCUCUGCUAAGUGUUAUGUGGGGUAAUGUGUGGAAGAUGUGGUAUCGGCGUGAUGCUGGAUUGGAAUUAACUGGGAGUUACGCUGUAGGAGGGUGCUCUAUCAACUCACAUGCUUGAGGCUGCAGGAAUGCUGGUGUAGAAGUGGAAAACAGACUUUGAAUUGGAAAUGAUUCUAAGCUUUUUAAUUUAUUUUUUUUUAAUCAGAGAAACUUCUUGUUAAGAAACCUUCAAGUUUAAAAAUUAAUCUGUUUCUAUUUCAAACCAGAGCAGGUCCCAAAGGAUAAGAGUCACCACCAUGGUACCCUCGGCGGUGUUCUGGGGACUUGUCGCCCUCAUUGGCACUUCCAGGGGCUCAUACCCGCUCACUCAUUCCAUGAACCCUCAUCUGUACCCUCGACAUUACCAUGGCUGCUAUGGAGACAUCAUGACCAUAGAGACUUUUGGGGCCCCCUGUGACAUAAACAAUCUGAUUAACUGUGGGAUCCACGGUUCGGAAAUGUUUGCGGAGAUGGACUUGAAAGCCAUAAAGCCUUACCGUAUCCUCAUCAAAGAAGUGGGACAGAGAUACUGCAUCGACCCAGCGAUCAUCGCAGCCAUCAUCUCCAGAGAAAGCCAUGGUGGAGUUGUCCUGCAAAAUGGCUGGGACCAUAGAGGGCAGAGAUUUGGCUUGAUGCAGCUUGAUAAAGCACACCAUCCUAUUGGUACCUGGGACAGCAAAGAACACCUUCUACAGUCCGUUGGGAUUCUAACAGAAAAAAUUAAGGCAAUCCAGAGAAAGUUUCCCACAUGGAAUCCUGUUCAGCACCUCAAAGGUGGUCUGACUGCUUUUAAGUCAGGAAUGGGAACCAUUGCCACUCCUGAAGACAUAGAAGUUGACUUAGUCGAUGACGUCAUUGCCCGUGCCAAAUUCUACAGAAGACAUGGCUUCUAGGCCACUGACGAGGUACUCAACCGGCCCCUCUUCCAGAGUUUGGUGUUAGCUCACUGCACUCAAUGGGAACAAAGAAAUGGUUAAAAUUAUGAAAGGAAGUUCAUCUCCAAUCGUUUUAAUAAAAGUAAGCAAAAGAAAGUAAGGAAAGAAGGAACAGAAGUGGUGAUGUAGUUUAGCUGGCUGAGCUCUCCUAGCAUGUGCAAGGCUCUAGGUUCCAUCUUUAUCACAAAGAAAAAAAAAACCCAUGUUCACAUACGGUUCCUAGGAAAUAUACAUAGACAUACAUGUAGUUUCUUUGUGGUCAAUAUAAGCAUCAUGACACAUGGCAUGGGCAUGUUCUAGCCAAGCUUCAUUUUAGCCUAUGAUUUGAAUGAUCACUUAUACCCUGUCUACCAGAAUUACAAAUAAGAAGUGAACCUUUAUCCCUUUCCCAGUAUCUGCCCCAAUUGUUAGGACUCUGCUCAUGAGAUGUGUCUGUCUCAGAGGCCAGAUCCUGGGGCAAUCGAUGGAGAGGAGAUGAUGGGUGUUGGUUGUGACUUGCGGUUGCCUCAAGAGAGGACACAAUAAUGUGUUGGAUUGUGAAGCUUUCGGUAUCCCUGCCAAGUGACUCCUCCUGGGUUUUUUGUUCUUGUUGGAGACGUUUGGUGGACACUUUCGGCCUGUCCCUUCUCUUUCUGAGAAGGAACCAGAAUUUUACCAUCCAUCCUUUAGCCACUUUGGAAAGAGUCAGAUAAACCAUUCUCUGCCCAAAGAUGACCCAAUCCAGCCUGAAGAAGGGGCCAAAUCAGAACUGGAACUGUUUUUGAGACAAGGUCUCAGUCUGUAUCCCAAGCUGCCCUCAAACCUAUAGAUCCUCCCACCGCGGCUUCUCAAAUUCUAUCACAAGUGUGGGCCAUCAUGCCUCUGUGUAAUCAUCUCUUAGGGUUUGACAAAGCCCAAGCUUUACCAGCGGUGAAAGAGUUUUGUUCUCACCCCUGCACGUGUUCAGUCUGAGGUGUUCUGCAGAUGUCCAUGCUGCUCUUUUAGUUCUUUUUCCCCUGGAAGCAUUGAUUUCAUUCAAUGCCAGCCCCUUUGAUGUCGCCAUUGCAGAGAUAGCUAAUAUGUAGGCCAGAUAAGCUUCAAAUAAUUUAUGAAACAUGAAAUAGUACACUGGCUUACACCCUGAGUCUAUUUCCCCAGGGUUCUUGUUCUGACAGACACACUCGGAGAUGUCCUAUAGAGUGUCACGUAUUAAACAUGUCUUGGUUUGGUUCCCUCAGAGCCAGACCUGCGACAAAAACAUGGGUGCAAAUAGUUUAUGUGGGGGGGGGGGGGCGCACAGAAAACAGUUAUAAAGUGGUUCAGUGAUAUGGGAUGAGAAAAUAUAAAACAUGCCUCACCAAUCCAACUACCCUAGUGAGGAAUGGAACUCAACCUUGCAGGAAAGCAAUGUGGAACGUGUGGAGCAUUCACCUCAGAGUCAUCUGCCUGCACUGGUGCAGGGCUGGCGUCUCUGCCCAGCUCCUCUGAAAGCCACUGGGUGAGGUGUCUGUCUGUACAGGGAGGGUAGUACAGACCCUUGCUAGUCCAAUCUUCUAAACAAGCACAAAUUUGUUCAAAUUUCCAAGAGUGAGGAGUUGCAGGCACAAAAAGGAACAUCAAGGGAGGAUUCUGAGAGGUUCGGGGACACGGAAGGUACUGACAGGGUCUGCUCCGUGAGGCAGGGCACAUUGUUCCAGUGCUUCUUGUUUGCAUCUCUGACUGAAUAGCAUGUUACAAAUAAUCUGGAAAGAAUACACAUGUCUAUUAUGCCUCCUGGUUUCUGUGCCGGGCUUCUGCAGAAUCUAUUAGAAUGAAUUAGACACAAUUGAGCUAUCUCAGUCUCCAUCCGUCUUGCAUCUGUAGCACAAGAGCGAAUUCCAAGGAAUUUACUGAGAACAAUGCCAAAACAUGCCACCAUUAAAUUUUCUUGUGUCUUCAUCCAUCUCCAUUUUCUUUAUAUUUGUUGCCUGUGUUCCUCUUAGAGAUAAUGAUUAUGAGUCAGGUUUCUCAUUGUAAAGUUUACUUUUCACUUUGAAAAAUUUCUUCCAAAUUGGGGUGAAUAGAGUUGCUGUAGUUUGGAUCUGGAGUGCCCCCCCCCCCAAAAAAAAAGCCUACGUUAAAUGCUCAGUCCCAACCUGGCAUCAACAGGAGGAGGUGGAAUCUUUGAGAGGUGGGGCCUACUGACAGGUCUUCUAGCCAUGGAGGAUACACCCUGGAAGUAGAUAUCAAGCCCCAGUCCCUCUUUUCUCCUCCCAUUCAUUUCCAACCACCAUGAGGUCAGCAGCUCUGCUCCCUCGUACAUUCCCUGCCAUAUGUUGCUUUGGUAAAGCUUUAUUCGUUUUCUUUGAUGCACCAUCUGAUAUAAGUGUUUUUGAGAAAUGCUCUUGCUAUGCAGCCCAGGCUGGCCUUAGACUCAAGUCUUUUGCCUCAGUAUCCUCAGCGCUGGGAUUACAGGUAUGCACUAUCAUACCUAUCAAACAAACACAGAAACAUACCCAUCUGCAUUUUUCUGUAAUUACUGUGUUUAAAGAUAACUACCUUUAUUGACUGACAGUUUUUCCAUACAAGGAAGCUAGCAAACAGAACAUGAAGAAUUUAGUGCCUAAGACCACUUAUCUCAUAUAUUGAUAAUUUCAAGGUAGUAAAAAUAGACAGAAAUAAUAUACAGAUCAGUCCUCAGUUUGCUGAUUGCCAUUUGAAGGGUAACCUUUUUUAUUUAGUGACCAGCGUUUUGUAUCUGACUCUUCAUCUUGUUUUUUGAGACAGGGUUUCAUUCUCUUCGUAAUCCUGGCUGUCCUGGAACUUGAUCUAUAGACCAAGCUGGCCUUGAACUCAUAGCGAUCUACUUGCCUCUUCCUCCAGUGUGCUGGGCAUGUGCCAACCCCAACCCCCGCCGAGACUUUAUAUCUGACUCUUAUUUGGGAAUAGUCAGAUGGUCACUAGAAGUCAGACCAAACCUCUGGCCAGACAAACGUAGACCACAGCAGAUAAAUCCAAAUGAAGCAAUCCAUAGAGUCAGGAAGUAAGAACUAAGGAACCAGUCCUUACAGGGUUUUGAGACCAUGUGAAGCAGAGGAACCUCAAUGUGAAGAGCUCAUCACCCACACAGCCCUUGGGGUAUACUACAGGAUGGACUUGUUUCAAUGAUAGACUGUGAGGAGCCAGAGCUCCUGCCUCCUCCAAGCCAGACAUGUAACUCCUCUCUUCCUUGGGAGGGGACAAGAGGACUGUACAUGCUCAGUCUUGCUUUACGUGCUCAUCGAGUGCUGGUUUUGAAGAGGUGACUUUCCAUCCGUUCUACAAUCACACAGAAGUGAAUUCUGCCAAUAAUCUCAGAGACUGGAAGCAGGUCCCUGCUCAGUCUUCACUCUGAGAACCUGAUGUUAGCAGGAACUAAUAUUUAUAGUAGCUCUGUGAGACUCUAAGGCAGUGGUUCUCAACCUGUGGGUCAUAAUCCCCUUGAGGGUUGAAAGACCCUUUCACAGGGGUUGCCUAAGACCACCGGAAAACACAGAUAUUUACUAAGAUUUGUAACAGUAGCAAAAUUACAGUUCUGAAGUAGCAAUGAAAGUAUUCUCUGGUGGGGGUCACACACCAUGAGGAACUGUACUAAAGGACUGUGGCCUUAGGAAGGCAGAAAACCACUGCUCUAAGCAGUCUACCCAGCUACGCUACCACCACACUUCUGACUCAUGGGAACCACGAGGUCGCAAGUGUUUUGAGCAGAUUUGCUUAUGAAACAACAGAGAGUAACUACAGCAGCCUAUGCUCUGGACUGUUUCUUUAGACAUUUUCAUUUCUAAAUAUUCAACUUAACAAUACUUUUAGUUGUGGGCUGUUGAAUUUAAGGUUAUUAUUACAACUGUAACUCUUUAAACAAAACCAACAAAAACAGAAAUCCAAAACAGCAAUGUAGUUUCUCCUGAUCUCCAUAUUAACAUUGAUACCAGAGGGACGACACAGAUAUUUUCAAGCCCACUGUAGGCAGGGAAAUGUUUUGUUGCAAUAUUCAGGCAGGUCUCUCUCUCACUAGACAGCAUUUAAAUAAGUCUUUGGACUCCUAUUUCCUCCAGGCUAUACACAUACUAGACAUUCAAUAAUUGUAGAAUUAAAAUUGCAAUUACCUUUGGGCUCAUUAAGGAAUAAAAUCCAGUUUCAUGCCUAUUGUUAAAGUGACACUUUUGCCUUAAUGCAGUACUUAAUGCUAAGACCUGUGACAGGACACUGUAACAAAUGUGCAUGUAAAUAUUGAUGUGACCUCAGCCAAACCCUAAAUCGGGAAUCCAUGGAAGUCUGGGAUCCAGACUUUAUUAAGGGAUGAAAUGUAAAUAACAGACUCAUGAAUACAGAAUGAAGUGGAGCCGCUGCCUCUUCAUCCACCAGAGAAGGAUGUGGAAAGCUCCAGACCAGGUCACCGAGCUGUGGUGUGGCAUCAGGAAACCUUCCACAUCUAAGAGAGCGUCUGAACUUCCUCCUCAGUUCUUUUUGUUUGUUUGUUUGUUUUUUGAGACAGGGUGUCUCUGUGUAGUUUUGGUGCCUGUCCUGGAACUCACUCUGUAGACCAGGCUGGCCUCGAACUCACAGAGAUCCGCCUGGCUCUGCCUCCCGAGUGCUGGAAUUAAAGGCAUGCGACACCACUGCCUGACUCGCUCCUCAGUUCUUAUCCGGUCAUGUACCCAGAGAAGACCACGCCCAUAGGACUAGUCACACCAACAUCAAUUGGCUAAGAGAAUCGAAUUCCCACAACAUUUCCCCUUUUUUGUCUAAUUAAGAAGGUUCUAAUCCUAAUAUAAAACUACAUAUAAGAACAAUUAUCAAGUAUUGUCCAGAGGAAAGAAAAGGUAACAACAUAAACAAAAGGGAACUACAACCAACAAGAACAACAUCGAGCAAGAAACACAUUCUAGAUGUCUAGACCAUAGGUAACUGGCAAAUUACAGAGACUACUCAAAUAGUUGUCCUAUCCUUAAGAGUCCAGCUCCUGUGCCUAUUAUGCCCUUAGCUAAGAUUCAAGAGGAUUGUAACUGUAACUAUCUAGUCUUCAACCCCAUCAAAGACCUGAGAAGGAAAAUAAUAUUACCGAGUGAACAAGAAGUGCAAGUGAGCAACUUCCGGAAAAUGCAAGAAAUGACAGAAACAGCUGGCUGCCUGGACAGUCACCCAACGUUUCUCUGCAACAUGGGGGCAUCCAGUUUUGGCUAUAGGCCUAGAAUAUCUGACAGGUCAGGGACAAAGAAAAGUAUAGGGCCAUAGAGUGCAAGUUUUCCACUAAUGAGUUGCCAAAGGCUUCUCACUACUGAAUCUUCCCUAGAAUUCUUAUAACGUCCUACUUUUCCAGGUAUCUGAAAAAGAAAAAUGAGAGGAUUCUCCUGGGCUAGAGAGACAGCUCAGCAAUUAAGGGUUCAUGCUGCUCUCCCAGAGGCCACAUGCUUGGUUCUCAGUGCCCACAACAGGUGGCUCACAAUGGCCUGUAACUAGAGAUCCAGGGCACCUGACACCCUCUUCUGGUCUUUUCAUACACCUGCACUCGUGUACAUACCCACGCACACUGCUAAAAAUAAAUGUUUCUUAAAAAUAGGAUCUUUGCAUAUGUAGGAAUUUAAGAUGAGGGCAUAGUGGGUUAGGGUAGACAUAAGAGGUCAUGUGGAUAAUAGUAAAUACAAAUAAACACACAUACACAUAAACUUAAAAAAUCUGAUAUUCCUUCCUAUUCAUUAUGUGUAUCUACUGAUGCAUAUGCACAUGUAUGUACACAAAGGCCAGCGGACCUUAUUUGCCAUUCCUCAGGCACCAUCCUUUAUUUAUUUUUGAGUGAGGGUCUCUCACUGGCCUGGGACUUGGCAAGUAGGAUAGGCCAUGGAUUGUCCUUCCUCAGUGAGGGAUUAAUGAGGGAGUGUUGGCAUGACUAGCUUUUUUAAAACAUGGUUUCUCAGGAGCAAACCCAGGUCCCAGGGCAAGACUUUACGGAGCUGUUUCUUUUGCCCCACUUCUCUUUCUUUAAAUGGUAAUCUGAACUAGUGACAGAGGACUCUUUGAAGUUCAAACACCACCCUAUUUAAUGCUUAAAACAGAAUGGCCUGCUGAAUAACUGCUAAAGCACCUUUAUUUCAUACACACCCUCGCUCUAGCAGGAAAAAUUUAUACAGAAGUGAAUGUUUUAUCUUGGCAGAGUGCAGUAAUCCAGUUCUGGCUAAAUCAGAACUGUAAUUCCAAAACAAAUACUUCCGUAAUUUAGAGAGGAGAUAAACCCAUGUUCAUGUCCCAGACACUGAGGCAGAGUGGUGCUCUAGCCCCAAUCCGAGUUUCAUGCCUCUGGUGGCAUCUUUGUUCUCUUGGCACCUUUGGAAUUCUCCGACAGCAUCAUUCACUCAAAGAACCUGCUACGGUUUAAGUAUGGUUUGCUCCCCCCAAAUGUUUGUGUGCUGAAAAAUUGAUCUUCCGUGUAGUAGGAUGUGUAUGAGGUUGACUUAGUGGGAGGUGACUGGAUCUUGGAGCCAUCACAUGCAGAAGGGAUUAACGCCCAUCUCUGAGAGCAGGUUGUCACCAAGUGUCUCCUCCCUUCACUCUCUUGCUUCCUCUUUUGUUCAUUCAUUUUUAGUUAAAAUAUGACAUCAAUUCCCUCUUUCCCUCUCCAAUCCCUCCCAAGUCUCCCCCUUCAAACUGAUAGCCUUAUUAUUAUUAUAUAUAUAUUAUACUCAGGGAAACAGAGGCAUAAAUGUUUACAUAUAACUCCUGAGUCUAUUUGGUAUUGCUUGUGAGUACAUGGUUUUAGGGCUGACAACUUUGUAUUGGAUAGCCAAUUAGAGGACAGAUUUUUGGGAGAGAACUACUCUCUAUCUCAGCAGUCAGUAACUGCUGUACUUGUCUAGGGGUGGGACACCUGCCCACCCAUGAGAUUUCCCCCGUCCAUGUUAGCCUGUCUAUUGGUUAUUGUCCAGGAAUUGUUUAGCCGGCCAUACACUGUUGAGAUACUGUGGGUACAGCUUCCCUGUCAGUGCUAAGAGAGAAAAUCUCACAGCAAACUUCUGGUUUUCCGGCUCUUACAAUCUUUCUGCCCCCACUUCCAAGAUGUUCCCUGAGCCUUAUGUGCAGGAGUUGAGUUGUGGAUGUAUUGACUGGGACUGAACUCCCAGUCAGUGAUCUCCUCACUGGAGGGAAAUCAUGCUCGGUACUAGAAAUCCUACCAACUACCUACAGCUGGUGAGGUCAUCAGUCUUAGAGGAGACCCUUCUAUUACCACAUUAGUAGACCACUAUAAUUUCUAUCUGUAGUCGAAAAGGUAUCCUUGCCUGUAGCUGAGUGUAGCUCUCACUCAAAAUCAAAGAAGCUUCUCUUUGCUGCAAAUGGAAACCAUUUGUUUGUUUUGAGACAGAGCCUCACUGCAUAGUCUUGGCUGGCCUAGAACUCAAGAUGUAGACCAGGCCGCCUUGAACCCCUAAGAGAUGCAUCUGUCUCUUCUUUCUGAGUGCUAGGAUUAAGGGUGUGUGUGCCACACCUGGCUCUUGCUUCCUAUCUUGCUUGCGAUCUCUUCCACCACUGACAUAAAAAAUGUUGUGAUGUCACCUAUCAUGCUUUGAUCCUGCAGCAGGUCCUCAUGAGAUAUGCUGCCCUAGCUCAGACUUUUCAGUACUUAGAACAAAAAUAAACUCCCUUGCCCAAUAAGCUUUGGGUGCUUCCUUACAGAAACACAGGACUGACUACAACACAGCCACUCACAACGUUUGUAGAAUUCAAUGAGAAAGCAAUUAGAGAAUAAAGCAGUUUCUACAAAGAGAUAACACACUGUUAAAGGGUUAGGGGCCUAAAGUUUGAUGAUCAGA